AUGUCGACUCCAACAGCUAGAAAAGAAUCCGACAUUUUUGGAGCCGACGUCAUUGGAGCCGACGUUGUUAAAGCCGCAAACCACUGGAAAAAAAAAAAAAAGAAAACCUGGGAGGUUUUUGUUUUAGUGGUUGUCGUCGUGGCAAAGCCUGGCUCGAGCCUGUUGCCGGGACCGGGACCGGCGGCCCCCAUUUACAGAGGAGGGCGAGUAACUGAAGGCGCCGUGUCCUGGUUGUCUUCGACUGGCGUGGGUGGCGAGCCCCCGUCGCGGCCCAGCGCCCACUGGGACGACCCCCACUUCAGCACCAACCGGAACGUAAUGGCCCAGUUGGGAAAGCCGGCCUUCCUGCGCUGCAGGAUCGCGCAGCUCGGUGACAGGACGGUGUGGCGGGUGCGCCAGCGCGACCUGCACAUCCUGACGGUGGGCACGUACACGUACACGUCGGACCAGAGGUUCCACUCGAUCCAUCUGGAGGGCUCCGAAGACUGGACCCUGGAGGUGAGCUACACCCAGAAAGGGGACGCCGGCGUCUACGAGUGCCAGGUCUCCACCGAGCCCAAGAUGAGCCUCAACGUCUCGCUCGCCGUCGUGGUGGCCAAGGCGCGCAUCCCAGAGGGAUCGAACCUCUACAUCCAGAGCGGCUACACCGUCAACCUGACGUGCGUGGUGACGGACUGCCGGGCGCCUCCGGUCUAUGUGUUCUGGUACCGCGACGACCACAUGAUCAACUACGACUCGGCGAGGACGGCUGGCAUCCGGGUCGCGACAGAGAGGAGGCCCUCGACCACCGUGUCCAGGCUCCAGGUGCUCGACGCUGCCACGGGCGACUCGGGCAACUAUUCGUGCACCCCGUCGUACGCGGACCCGGCCCACAUUACUGUGCACGUGCUCAACAGGGAAAAACCCGCAGCGAUGCAGCACGGCCCCCGGGGAAACCUCAGUGAGAGGUCGCUAUCGUCGCUGCAUCUCAUCACGGGAGCGCUGAUGUCAUACCGAGUCUUCAUUCACGUCGUGUUGCAAAGAUAG